AUGCAGCCUGCACUGGCGCCAGCGCCGCAUCCAAGCAUGCAGACUUCUGCUCAGGACCAUGCGGAUCAGGUACUUCAUGACCAGCUUUUAGCUGCUCAGCACCACCUGGGUGGUCGCCCACAGGGUGCUCCAGGCCAGCAACAGCACUUGCAGCCUAACAAUGCUAGCCCCCGUGACCAGGCGAACAUUGACCCUGCUAUCUCUGGCGCCAUGCUCGGCGCUCCCCAAACCCCUACCCAACCCCAGGGCUCUCCACCAUCUGACGGCGGCUCCAAGAGCUAUGGCAAGCGUGAGCUGUCCACUUCCAAGCGCGCUGCCCAGAACCGUGCUGCCCAGCGCGCAUUCCGCCAGCGCAAGGAAACCUACAUCCGCAAGCUGGAGGAAGAAGUUAAGAACAUUGACCCCCUUAAGGAACAGGUCAAGUCCCUGGUGGGCGAGAACUACCAGCUACGCGAGUACAUUAUCAACUUGCAAUCGCGUCUUCUCGAAGCCCAGGGUGAAGUCCCCGACCUGCCGGCCAACAUCGAUUUGAGCCAGCCCCGCACCACUGAGAUGGCGCUUGCCUCUGCCGGAGUUCAGAACUCCAGCCCAUCGGGCUCCGUGCCCACCCCCGGUCCCCAGGGCCAGCACGCCAGUUCUGUCUCUGAUGACAUGAACUCUCUGAACCGCAUCGCUGCCGCCACACUCGGCAUGCGUAAGCACCCUGACGACACGAGCUUCUUGAACAACAACAGUUUCCAGCAGAAUAAGCGGGUGCGCACAGAUGAUAACCAGGAUGGAAAUGACGGUGUGAACAAGCAGGAGGUUACCCACGGUCUUCCUAUGGUCAACUAA